AUGUAUCUCUAUAAUCUUACGCUCCAGCGGGCGACGGGCAUAAGUCACAUCAUAUUCGGCAACUUCUCAGGGACGAAGGAGCAGGAAAUAGUGGUCGCGAGAGGGAAGAUUCUCGAGCUAUUACGGCCAGAUGCCGCGGGAAAACUGCAGAGCCUGUACGCGGUAGAAGUAUUUGGCGAGAUUCGCUCGCUCGUCCAAUUCCGGCUCACCGGCUCCUCUAAGGACCUCAUUGUCGUGGGAUCAGAUUCUGGCCGAAUCGUUAUAUUGGAGUACAACCGAGAGAAGAAUCUCUUCGAUAAGAUACACCAGGAGACCUAUGGCAAGUCGGGAUGUCGCCGGAUCGUCCCUGGUCAAUUCCUGGCCGUGGAUCCGAAAGGACGAGCGGUCAUGAUCGCAGCCUGCGAGAAGCAGAAGUUCGUGUACGUUUUGAACCGCGACAGCUCGGCGCGCCUCACGAUCUCAUCCCCGUUAGAAGCGCACAAAUCGCAAACCCUAGUCUUCUCCGUCGUGGGCGUGGACUGCGGAUUCGACAACCCCAUUUUCGCCGCCAUAGAGCUCGAUUACGCCGAUGCAGAUCAGGACCCGUCAGGCCAAGCAGCAGCCGACGCGCAGAAGCAGCUGACCUUCUACGAGCUUGAUCUGGGCCUGAACCACGUCGUGCGGAAAUGGGCCGAGCCGGUCGACAACGGCGCGAAUCUCCUCGUUGCGGUCCCGGGCGGCGCGGACGGGCCGUCUGGCGUGCUGGUGUGCGCCGAGAAUUUCGUGAUCUACAAGAACCAGGGCCACCCGGACGUGCGCGCCGUCAUUCCGCGCCGCGCCGACCUCCCCGCGGAGCGCGGCGUGCUGAUCGUCGCGGCCGCGACGCACAAGCAGAAAUCGAUGUACUUCUUCCUCCUGCAGUCCGAAUACGGCGACGUGUUUAGGGUUACCCUAGAGCACGACCCCAAGGACACGGACCGCGUGACGGAGCUGAAGAUUAAGUACUUUGACACGAUCCCGGUGGGCGCGGGGCUGUGCGUGCUGCGCGCGGGGUUCCUGUUCGCGGCGUCGGAGUUCGGCAACCACGCGCUGUACCGCUUCCAGGGCAUCGGGGAUGACGAGGAGGUGGAGUCGAGCUCCGCCACGCUCAUGGAGACGGAUGAGGGAUUCCAGCCCGUCUUCUUCCACCCGCGCCGCCUCAAGAAUCUGGUUCAGAUCGACGAGGUCGAGUCACUGAUGCCUCUCCUCGACCUCAAGGUCUCAAACCUUUUCGACGAGGAAACCCCGCAGGUCUUCGCGCUCUGCGGCCGUGGCCCGCGCUCCUCCCUGCGCAUCCUCCGCCCGGGGCUCGCAGUCACCGAGAUGGCGGUAACGCAGUUACCAGGCGUGCCGAGUGCGGUGUGGACGGUGCGCAAGAGCGCGCAGGACGAGUUUGACGCGUACAUCGUGGUGUCGUUCGUCAAUGCGACCCUCGUGCUCAGCAUUGGUGAUACGGUCGAGGAAGUUAGUGACAGCGGGUUCCUGGACACCACGCCCUCACUCGCCGUUUCCCUGCUGGGGGAGGACUCGCUUAUGCAGGUGCACCCAAGCGGCAUUAGGCACAUCAGGGCGGACGGGCGUAUCAACGAGUGGAAGACGCCCGGCAAGAAGAGCAUCGUUAAAGUCUGCUGCAACCGCUUCCAGGUGGUGAUCGCCCUGUCAGGAGGCGAGUUGGUGCAUUUCGAGAUGGACGUGAGGGGGCAGAUGGUGGAGAUGGGCAAGAAGGACAUGCCGGGGGACGUCGCCUGCCUCGACGUCGCCCCCGUCCCCGAGGGCCGCCAGCGAGCGCGCUUCCUAGCCGUCGGAUCGUACGACUCCACCGUUCGGAUCCUCUCUCUGGACCCCGAUGAGAACAUGCAGGUGCUAAGUGUGCAGGCGGUAUCCGCCCCACCAGAGUCCCUGCUCUUCCUCGACGUCCCCACCGGCCCCGGCACAGACGGCCCCUCCUCCACCGCAGCCUCCUCCUCCUCCUCUGCUGCCGCCCACGUGCCGUCCAGCCUCUUUCUCAAUGCCGGCCUGCAGAACGGUGUGUUGCUCCGCACCGAGGUGGAUAAGAACUCCGGGCAGCUUUCCGAUUCGCGCACGCGCUUCCUCGGGCUGCGCGCGCCGAAACUUUUCGGUGCCCAGCUGAGAGAGCGGCGCGCCAUGCUGUGCCUUUCCAGCCGCCCGUGGCUCGGGUACUCCCUUCUGGGAAGCUUCCAUUUGACGCCUCUGUCCUAUGAGGCUUUAGAGUAUGCGGCUCCGUUUGCGUCAGAUCAGUGCCCAGAGGGUAUUGUGGCGGUGGCAGGGGAAACGCUGCGUGUGUUCACGGUGGAAAGGCUUGGAGAGGUUUUUAACCAGACGGUGAUUCCGUUGCGGUACACCCCGCGUAAGGCAGUGCUGCAUCCGCGUUAUAAGAACAUUGUGACGAUAGAGAGCGACCAGGGCGCGUUCUCGGCGGAAGAGAGGGAGGAACUGAGGAAGGAAGCGAUUGAAGUGACGGGUGCUGCGGAGCGGAUGGAGGAGGAGAGACGGGAGAGGAAGGAGGCGGCAAGAGCAGCGAGGGGAGGCAGAGGGGAAGACGGGGAGGAGGGGAUGGAGGAGGAUGAGGAAGAGGAGGAAGAGGAGGAGGACGAGAAAGCGAAAGACCCGCUACCGGACGAGCAAUUCGGGUACCCGAAAACAGUCCCGUCGAAAUGGGCAUCAUGCAUCCGGGUGAUAAACCCCAAGGCAGGCGAGACAACGUGCCUGAUGGAACUCACAGACAGCGAGGCCGCCUUCUCGCUCUGCACGGUCAACUUCCACGCGGAUAAAACAGAGGGCGGGGCGGCCGCAGGACAGUACCUGGUAGUCGGCACAGCGAAAUCCCUGCAGUUCUGGCCCAAGAGGAACCUUCUGGGAGGGUUCCUGCAUGUGUAUAAGUUCAAGGGAGAGGACGGGAGGGAGCUAGAGUUGGUGCAUAAGACGGCGGUGGAAGGGGGGGUGCCGACUGCCCUGUGUGCGUUCCAUGGGCGGCUGUUGGUGGGGGUGGGGAAUGUGCUGAGGAUAUAUGACCUGGGGAAGAAGAAGCUUCUGAGGAAGUGCGAGAACAAGCAGUUCCCGCAUGCGAUCGUGAGCAUCCAUGCGUGCGGCGAUCGCAUCUACGUGGGCGACGUGCAGGAGUCAUUCCACUACGUGCAGCACAGCCGGCAGGAGAAUCAGCUGUACGUGUUCGCAGACGACGUCACCCCGCGCUGGCUGACCUCCGCCCUGCGAAUCGACUUUGACACGAUGGCAGGCGGGGACAAGUUUGGCAACGUGUGCCUUGUGCGCCUGCCGGGGGAGAUCUCCGAGGAGAUUGAGGAGGAUCAGACUGGCGGGCGUGUCAAGUGGGACGCCGUGGGAGGGGGGCGCCUCAACGGAGCGCCGAACAAGCUUGAGCAGGUGAUUCAGUUCCAUGUGGGGGACAUCGUCACAGCCAUGCAGAAGACGUCCCUCAUUCCAGGCGGCAGCGAGUGCGUCAUAUACAGCACGAUGCUGGGGGGGGUGGGGGCGCUGCUGCCCUUUGUGUCGCGGGAGGACGUGGAUUUCUUCUCACACCUCGAGAUGCACCUGCGCCAGGAGCACCCUCCCCUCGCCGGCCGAGAGCACGUCGCUUACAGAUCCGCCUAUUUCCCUGUCAAGGAUGUGAUUGAUGGGGACUUGUGCGAGCAAUUUCCGUCGCUUUCGCUGGAGCUGCAAAAGAAGAUUGCGGAAGAGCUUGAUCGCACGCCAGGAGAGAUUCUCAAGAAGCUAGAGGACAUAAGAAACAAGAUUCUUGCGGGCCACGUGGUGCACCUGGUCUCGCGACUCACGGGGGACUCCUCCCCUUCUUCCGCGCAUGGCGCGCGCGCGGGCGCGGAGGGGGAGGGAAUCCGCGGAAGGGCAAGGCUGUUGCGCGGGGGACAGGGGAGGGGCGGCGCAGGGGGAGAGAGGGGCAGCGGCGGCGGUAUGGGUAUGGGGGGGAUACGGAUCGUUCCAGGGGGAGGGUUUGGGGGAGGGCUGGGGGGAGGGUUGGGUCACGUGCAGAUUGGCGGCCUGCCUGCCUCUGGAACCGUUCAUCUGGGCACGUUUAACCUCCCAUCGGACGGCUCUCAGGGCCUUCCGGACCUAAACCAGAUCGUGUCUGGUGUGCUUUCAUCCAUUGGCCUUGGAGCUUUGGGGCUGGGGGUGGGGGGCAUGGGGGAAGGCAUGGGCGGAGGCAUGGGGGGCGGCAUGGGUGGAGGUAUGGGGGGAGGGGGAGCAGGGGGUGGGCGAGUGGGGGGGGGUGGAAGCGAGUCAGCAGGUCCCACUGCGAAUGUCACGAUUGACAUCGCCCCCAUCUCGAUGCGAGCCGCUCAGGCCCUUAGACGCUCCUCCCCUGCGGCAGACGGUAAUGCUGCCCGCGACGCUCACACCACCGAUGCUGCUGCUGCUGCUGCGGCUGCUGCUGCUGCGGCUGCUGCUGCUGCGGAUGGACGUGCAGGCAGGGAUGGGGGAGGAAGGGCGGAACAAGAGCAAGCAGGGGAGCAGAGAGCAGGGACGGAGCGAGGCGGUAGUGACGCUGGGGAACGGAGGGAGGGAGCAGAAGGGGCAGAGGGUGGAGGGGGCGGGGUGCCAGAGGUGCAGAUUCACAUGGACACGUGGCUGCCUGUGAGUGGCUUUGACAUGCCCGUGGGCAUGGGAGGGCCAGGCAUGGUAAUGGGCAUGGCAGCACCAGCAGGCAUGGCUGUGCCGGUGGGCAUUCCCCUCGGCGGCUUUCCCAUCCCCAUGGGCGGCAGCAUGGGUGUUGCCGGCCUGCCUCUCAUGAUGGCUCUUGGCGGCAUGGGACCAGGGGGGGUGGGCGGGGUAGGGCACCAUGGGGAGGAGCAGGAGGAGCGGGGUGCACGGCAGCAGCAGCAGCAGCAGCAGCAGCAGCAGCAGCAAGGGACGAGGCAUGUGGCGCGAAGGGACGCUCUUUCAACUGUGGACGAUUAUCUUUCACGUGUGGAGGGUCAGCUGAGGCCGUCAGUGGACCCAGCAGAAGCGGCAGCAGCAGCGACAGCAAGAAGGGAGCUACCAUCGCUGCAGCGCCUGGCGGCUACCCUCAGGCGCUCCAACAGCCUCCUCACCGGCCCCCUCUCCUCCUCCCUGCUCAACCUUGCAGAGCAGCUGGAGCACUUGCCGCCUGUGGGCGCAGCUGCUCAACUGCCGUUGCUGCAGCAGAUGCACCUGCAGGCACAGGCACCAAGUGUGGCUGGCAGAGAGGGGGCGAGAGGUGGGGGAGCAGAACGAGGGCGCGGAGGUGGGGGAGGUGUGGGGGGAAGCAUCAGAUUCCCUCUGUUUGGAGGCCAGCAGCAAUCUGCAGCCGCAGCAGGACGCUCCGCAGCAGUAGCAAGCUCAGAAGCCGCAGCAACAGGUGCACCAGCACCCGCAGGCACAGGAGCAGCAGCAGCAGCAGCAGCAGCGCCAUCUGCUCCUGUUGCCAGCUUCUCUCUUCCAGGGGGGGUGCACGUGGGUCUCUUUGGCGUCCCUUCUUUCGCCCCGCACCAGCCUCGUUCCGCGCCCUCUCGCCCUGCUGCCCAUGCCCGCCCUCCAACUGACAGCGCCACCAAUGCUGCCAACCCCCCUGCUGCUGCUGCUGCUGCUAUUGAGCAGCAGCAGGGGCAGCAGCAGCAAGGGCAGCAGCAGCAGGGGCAGGGCCAGGGGCAGGCGGGGUCACCGGUGGAGCAGGUGAGGGCAGCAGCGCGGCUGUUCCACAUGCAGCAGGUUCUGGCUGAAUACAACUCCCACAUGCAGGGACGGGGACAGAGGGCGCAGGGGCACCAGGGGCAGGAGGGGCAGGAGGUGCAGCAGCGGUGGGCAGAAGACGAUUCUGAGAUGCAGGAGAGGCGAGAGCAGCCCGAGGGGCAGGGUGCAGGGAGGGAGGAGAGAGGGCAGCAGGAAGCGCAGGCACAGGAGAGGCAAGAGCAAUCGCCACAACAGGAGGAGCAGCAAGAGCAAUCGCAACAACAGCAGCAGCAACAACGGCAGCAGCAGCAGCAGCAGCAGCAGCAGCAGGCAUGGUUUGCCGGGCAACAACCGCUGCUACAGUUUCCUGCGACUGUAGCGCUGGUGGGCGGUUCUGGCCCCUUCCCCACCAUAGUCAUGCGCCCUCAGCUGCUGCCAGGGCCGGGCGCAGGGGGGGAGGUGCAGGCGCAGGGGGGAAGCAUAGGGAGGGGGAUGGGCACACAAGCAGGGGGGGCGGGUGCACAAGCAGGGGGGGCGGGUGCACAGGCAGGGGGGGCGGGUGCACAGGCAGGGGGGGCGGGUGCACAGGCAGGGGGGGCGGGUGCACAGGCAGGGGGGGCGGGUGCACAGGCAGGGGGGGCGGGUGCACAGGCAGGGGGGGCGGGUGCACAGGCAGGGGGGGCGGGUGCACAGGCAGGGGGGGCGGGUGCACAGGCAGGGGGGGCGGGUGCACAGGCAGGGGGGGCGGGUGCACAGGCAGGGGGGGCGGGUGCACAGGCAGGGGGGGCGGGUGCACAGGCAGGGGGGGCGGGUGCACAGGCAGGGGGGAUGAGCGCACAGGCAGGGGGGAUAGGCGCACAGGCCGGGGGGUUGGGGGUGCAAGCAGGGGGGCUUGAGGCGCUGCUGGGAGGGCUAGGAGGCUUGAGUGGCUUGCUGGCAGGCUUAGGGGGAAUAGCAGGCGAGGGGGGCGGGGAAAGGUCAGUAAAUGCUGGGGGCCAGAGAGGGGUGGUGGGGGGAAAUGGAGAGGACAGAGACGUGCAGUGGCAGGAACAAGAGCAGCAGCAGCAGCCGCCACCAAACCCCACCCAGCAGCAGCAGUCACAGCAGGAGCAACAGCAGUCUCAGCCUCAGCAGCAGCAGCAGCAGCAGCAACAGUCACAACCGCAGCAGCAGCGGUCGCAGCAGCAGUCGCAGCAGCAGUCACAGCAGCAGCAGCGCGUGCUAAGGAGUGUGCUGGGGCAGGGCCUUGGCGCUCUGAGACGAGUGCUGGGAGGGGCAGCUCGAGAGGGAGCAGGGCGGGUGGUGGGAGGAGGAGGCGGGGCAGCAAGCAGGAGUGUAGGUGGGGUGGAGGGGUGUAGGCCGGGUGGAGCAGUGAGGUCCAGUCAAGGGGGAGGCACGUCUGUGAAGGAGAGAGGCAAGGCUCUUUCAGCUGCUGUUGCUGCUGGAAAGCUGAGUUCGGUGAGUCUCUGCAGGGAAAUAAACGGUGCAGAGUACAGGUGUGGAGAGGGGUUUAGAGGUGAUCUCUGGAGCAUGGCACAAGUGAGAAGUGGAGUAUGGGCAUUGUUCAGGUGUGCCUAG